UCACCAUAUGCUGAAUAUUCUCGUUGAGCGACUUCCAAAUGCGGUCAAAACAACAACAUCGGGCAUGGAGUCUACGAGUAUGGAGAGAAGCAGGUCUCUAGAGGUAAACCUCUUAGUUUUAUUGUCUCUUGUGGGUUUAAUUACAGCCGUGUCUUACAGAAUAGAAAAUGUUCCAAACCCCAGGACUAACUAUAGGGACUGUGGCAGGCAACUGAAAUCGUGGCUAUGCGAUCCUGGAGCUGUACUUACUAGGGCACAAGCUGAUCGGCUAGAUCUGGCCAUCAUUGAUGUCAUUAGUUCCACACCGUGCCCUUGUUUCAGUUCAAAAUGCCCCGCAGACGAAGACGGUAUUAUCAUAUCAAUUCUGGUCGUGCCUAAAAUUGAUGUGCCUGCCAGUUCCAGUGUCGAUGCUGAGAUGAGAAGUUGGGUCUCCCAGCUGGCUACAAGUCGGUGGAAAUUCGGGACAUGUGAUAAUGACAUAACCAUUGUGCAUUCUCGGGAUGACAGAAGAGUGGUAGCAUACGCUGGUUCCAUCGCAAACAGUAAGAUAGGAGGCACGGCGUGUCUGACCAAAAUAGUACAGGGAGCUGCGCCUUAUUUCUCUGGUCCAUACAGCGCCGAGGGGCUGGAGUACAUAGUUACAAGUUUCAAGAAGGUAUUUCAGGGAAACAGUUGUCCGAAUCCGGAAGAUUCGCCUGGUCAUCAGCUAAGCAGUAGACCUAACAGCAACAGUAACAGCAAUGUCAAUAAUAACAAUAACAAUAAUAACAACAAUUACAAUACCAACAUGAAUCAUGGUUCAUCUGGCUCAUCUGGCGCCGGUUCCUCCAGUAGCAGUCAUGACGGCCACUCCGGUUCCACAUACCAUUUCUACGACUCGGGAGUGGAUAUUAACGACACACAUCUGCCUUGGUGGGCCAUCAUGUUGAUAAUUCUUGGGAUUUCUCUCGUUAUCUCUCUGAUAAUAUCGAUAAUUUGCUGUAUUUGCUGUCCCGGUCGAGCCCCAGGGUGUUGUGUGUUCCCAUGCUGCUGCGGCGGAUGUUACGAACACGGUCAUCCCGCAGGAAAACCAUGAACCAGUCUGUCUUGUUACCUCAAUCCGUUGCCACUGGAAAAAUCCUUAAUUUAAUUUAAUUUAAUUUAAUUUAAUUUAAUCUAUUUUUAUCCAUUAGACCCUCAUUAUGUUCUUCAUAUUUUAGCACAGAUCCUAUCAAUUUUAUUCUUUAAAAGAUCUUUUUAAAAUUUUUAUUUAUCUGAUUUUUUUAAAUUUUCCUUUUGAAUAACAUGUGCUCACAAUUAAAAAACAUGUUACAUUCAGGACCUUUUCACGUAUUUGACCUUAGCAAAUUACUGCCCCUGUUCAACUUGCACGUAUUUUAAGCAAAAUACAAAAUGUGCAAAAACCGGUUACUUGACUUCAGCUAGAAAAAUGCGAUUCAAUAAAUGAAUGUCAGAGUUUGAAACUCUUCACUGUGAUAGGGUAAGUGCAAGAAAAUUGUCUUUGGCCCAUAGAAUUUUUUCACUAGAAACCAAACCUGCGUGAGUUCUUAUCCAAGAUUGCCAUUGUAUUGCUCAGUUUCAUUUUUAGAUAUUUUUCACAUGUCGUAGGUAGGAAUUAUGUUAAAGGGAUAAUAACUCUUCGUUUC